AUGUCUACAACAUCACCUUCCCCGACUGCAAGUGUGAAUUCUGACGAAUCCAAUGAUUCUAUGUCUUCAGAAUACUCGUCUGAAGUCGUUAAAGACUUGACGGAAGGGAAACCUGUUGAAUAUUUGGCUCAAAGCAGCUAUUAUAAAGUCACAUCCCAUGGAGUCGAAGAUAUUCUUGCUGACUCCGCUUACAGCGUUCAUGAUAAUUCUUUUCAACUGUGCAAGCCUGAAGUCACCUCCGCGCCUCAUACAUUAGACUACAACUCACGUGAUUCAUCCGCUUUUACCAUACAAGAUAUACUUGGAUUGCAACAGUCGUACACAUCAGGAAAUCCCCAUGAAGAGUUAAAUAGAUAUGAAUAUCAAAUACCACAGUAUGAUAACAUAAGUAAUAGUUCGAAUAACAAUUAUGCAUCCGGUGCUGAAGAUGGAAUUGCCGAAGAAUUUCAUAAAGGUGAAAAUGAUUACACUUCAAAUUUGCAAUUGGGUGAACAGGUUGUCUAUAGAAGUUAUACCAACGAAGCCCUACGGUGUCAACAAAGCAACGAAUUAAGCAGUGAUAUUGUGAAAGAUCCUGAAGAACGCGCUAAUGAUCUAAACGAGUCCAGUUUUCCAAAUCAGAAUUCUACAUGGUGUGAUAAAGGUUUACUAAAUAACUCUGGAAUUAGUGUGACAUCUUCUUUAACAAACGAAAAUAUGUCUUCUGACCCAUAUCAAAAAGGAUUUACGAAGAGAGCUAGAACUGCAUAUACAAGCUCACAGUUAGUAGAACUUGAAAAUGAAUUUCAUCAAAACCGUUACCUGUGUCGGCCUCGUCGCAUUGAACUGGCAAAUUACUUACAUUUAUCUGAACGUCAGAUCAAAAUAUGGUUUCAAAAUCGACGGAUGAAGUAUAAAAAAGAUAACAAACAUAACAAGCCAUCAUCAUCAGUCGAGGACAGCAGUCCGUCUACAAGCUCCAAAGAAAUGUCACCAAGCCAUCAGGAUCAUAAAUUAAGCCACGGAAGAAGCUGCGGAGGGCAUGAUAGACAUAGAAGAUUAAUAACCGACGGUCAUACAAGCCAUAAAAUAUACCUCACCGCAAAUGAUACCGUUAUGCGUCCACCAGAAUAUCCCCAGAUGAAUUCCCUAAAAUCAAUAAUAAAAAGUACUCAAAACGCAAUGGACUUGCCGUCAUAUACGCCUAACCUUACUUACUCAACGUAUUACGCAGCAGGUACUUCAAGCGGCAGGGCCUCUUACUCACCAGUAUCAGAGGUUUAUCGAUACAAUGGCGAUGAAUCAUUGCAACCGAAUUCUAGUGCGCUAUCUACACUGCCAUCGGACAGUUAUGUACCUAACGGUAUAAGUAUUAAGUUGGGAGAUGAGAUGUCCCGCUACCCUACAAGUGCUGCAUCGUACUAUAAUUCACUAUCAGCAACGAUGAUGCCGUCUACGUCAGAUAUUUACGCUUAUUCUUCAGGCAUUCCGUCAAUAUCUACGCACUCAUAUGAAGAAAAUAUUCAAAAUAGACCAAGUAUUUCUUUAAACCAAGACGCGUACUUUUCUUAUCUUCCAACAACAGAUACUUCUAGUCAGAACACGUCUGCCGCAUCGAAGUUUUCGUCUUCAUACAUAUCGUUGUAA